AUGGAGAAACUGGUCGAAUAUGCCGUGUUCGCCGUCUUAAUGGUGGCAAACUUCGGUCUCGGUCUUUACUUCUCGUUUUACAAGAAAGCAAGGGAGGUGACGGCCGAAGAGGUGUUCCUGGGAAGCAACACCCUGAAGAUGCUUCCACUCGCUCUCUCGGCGCUGGCGUCUAUCAUGUCUUCCCUGGGUAUCAUCGGAGUCACGGGACACGUCUACGCGUACGGGCUCCACGUCUACUGGAACCACAUCUUAGCCCCCAUCAACGCUUUGAUCAUAGCCUACAUCAUCAUCCCCGUCAUCUACAAACUGAAGGUGACUUCAGUGUUCGAAUACCUUUGCAUGCGUUAUGGCAACACUGUUGGACUCACUGCUUGCGUGAUCUACUUCUUCCUCAGCCAAACUCUAGGUGCAGUUGCCAUUUUUCCAGCCGCGGCAGCAGUUUCCACAAUUUUUGGCAUCUCCUUAACUUGGUGCAGUCUUGUUAUUGGCCUCACAGGAACCAUCUACACCGCUUUGGGAGGUCUUAGGGGUGUCGUAUGGACCGACUGUGCGCAAGCCGUGCUCGUACUCUUGGCCCCCAUAACCAUCAUCACCAAGGUCUUGUACGACUCGUAUUACAAGGACGUCAGACUUCGCCCACUGAGUGACAUGAACUGGAAAGCAUUCGCGUUUGAAAGCAGUUUUGACCUCACAAAAGAGGAGAAUGUAUGGGCGUGUUUGUUUGGUUUGUCUACAAUGUACGUGUACCGCGGUGGCAUCGACCAGAUGAUCGUUCAGCGCUACCUGGCGGCAAGAAACCUUAAGGAUGCCCAGAGAACAGCUAAAGUGGGCACACUUCUCCUCUUCUGUUAUUACGCGACAGCCGCCUGUCUAGGCUUGGUGAUGGUCUACUGGUUCCGCGAUUGCGAUCCCUUGCUUUCCGGAGCCAUCACCAGCUACGACCAGAUUGUACCUUACUACGUGAGGAAGUACCUGGACGAAUUUCCAUGUUUUACCGGCUUGUUUCUAGCUGGCGUUGUGAGCGCCGCCACGAGCACAAUAUCAUCACUGAUAAAUUCUCAAGCUGCUGUACUUUAUGUGGACAUUCUAUCGAAGUGCUUCCACCUCAAAAGCAAUGAAGCUUCGAAAGUAACAAAGUUGCUUGCUUUUGGGGUUGGUGUAACAAUGACAGCUUACGGAAUGGCAGCGCCGUACUUGGGAUCCGCUUGCAGGAUCAUAAUGGUGCUGUACAAUGGCGCUACGGGUCCAUUUGUAGGACUAUUCUUCUUGGCAAUAACCUUCCCAUGGGCAAACGGAUGGGGUGCAGGAAUAUCAACUGCGGUGUUCAGCAUCUUGCAGUUAUGGCAGAUGCUCGGCAAAACAUUCAGCGGCUACCAACCUCCUAAGAUGGCUGUCACAAUGGACUACUGCCCGGCGAAUAGUACGAGCCAAGUAAUAGAGUCAUUAACAAAUAACGACAGCAAAAUAGAAGACUUAUUUCCGCUGUACCGACUGUCAUCUUACUGGAGCAGCUUCAUUAGUGCCAUACUGACCAUGAUGUUCGGCCUUAUUCUGAGUUUAUCUACAGGUGGCCGCAAGCAAUACAAGCAAAAUCUUCACUUAACGAGUAAAUUAUUUCUUAAGCUAUGGAGGAAGUUAAGUUUACUAUCCUACGAUAAAUCUGAAUGCGAACAAGCUUGCGCACCCAGGACAGCCGAGUGUAGCUACGAGUUCAAAGCAGACGACGUCCAACUUGCGGAGGAAACGCCUAUGUGACACUUUGGGCGUAUAAAAUACUUGGAAGAUCGCCGAACUUGCGAAUAUUACACGUGUAUGAAUAUUUAACUAAAAGCUUGUGCCGCAUAUUGAUCUGUUAAAGCCGUGAAUUCCCCAUAAACUGUCGGCACAGUGAAAUUUCAAUCUAAUCACAACUUAGUAAUUACUAAUUAUCGUUUUUUUGUGGAGGACUUUUUAAAAUUAGGAAGAGGGGGCGGUACGUAGUGUGCUACGUUCAAGGUAUUGCGAUCCUAGUGAUUUAGUCUUUCAAAACAAUAGUAACCUCAUUAAAAGUGUUAUCAAAUAAAACACCGAUUAACUUGUUAACACUUGAAGUCGGGAUCAAUCUUCCAUUAAGGAACUGCACCGUGUGGACUAAAAGGUGAUCUUUGUAAUGGUGGUUGUAUCUCUUUCUUCAAGCAAAUUAUUCAAACUGUUUGUAAAGGAGAUAGACACUAAGAUG